UGAAAUGCUUGUUGUCGAUUGACGAUGUGCAUUAGUGGCAAUCGUACUCUGUCAACUACAAGCGGCUUCCACACUAUUGCCUAAACUGUGGAGAUACUUCCCAGAAUCUUGUGUUGCAAUAGCAUUUUCAAUCGGACGAUGAAUGCAUUAAAUUUCAUGGUCGUCACCUUUGCCGUGGCGCACGUCGUCUCUGGUUAUUACGGUGGGUAUUACGGUGACAACGAAGAAAACGAUCAGAUCGUCGGCGGGUUCAAAGCCAAACGUGGCGACUAUCAAUUUUUGGCGGCUUUAUUGCGAGAUGACGAACCUUUUUGUGGCGGGUCGCUCAUAACACCCAAUCACGUUCUGACGGCUGCUCACUGCGUCGACUACAUUAAGCAGGUCGAUUAUGGUACUGUUAAGGUAUUGCUGAAUACAACGACUAUCCGCCCAGCCGACGAUGGAGCCAUCCAUAGGGGCGUAAAAAAGAUAGUCCAUCACAGGAACUAUAAUUCGGCAACUAGCGUCAAUGAUAUUGCAGUUGUAACGUUGGACUCGCCAGUCGAAGGCAUCUCGGUAAUAUCGCUACCUCGAAUCGGCACCACCUUGAGUUAUGCCGGCUUGUGGGGCACUAUUAUUGGGUUCGGUCGGACGCACAAGACGCUGGCUGAGGAGGAAUCUAGCGGCUUUGGAUCCAACAAGCUGCUGGAAUCUUCCGUAAAGGUCAUCACCAACUCUCAGUGCUCUGCUAUGUACGUCGAUACAAGAAUCAGUAGCUCAAUGUUAUGCGCUCAUGCUGAUGGAACAGACACUUGUCAGGGUGACUCUGGAGGACCGUUGAUUGUUCAUGGAACACAAGUCGGCAUCGUCAGCUGGGGUUAUGGUUGUGCCGAUUCGAGAUACGCCGGAGUCUACACACGACUCACGUUUUUCUACAGCUGGAUUAAAGCUAACACUGUUUAACGAAUCCAGAGUUUACUACGACGUUGCAUAGGAUUUUGUUAUCUUCAAGUCGUGUAGCAACGGUGAAUUGAACGCAUUGACUAUUAAGAAUAAAUGCCCUUGCGCCAGCAAAUAA